CCCUCCCCCUCCCCUCCCCCUCCCCCCGGCGGCCGCCCGCGGGCUGCCAUGCCGCGCUCGGCCGCCGGCCGCGCCGGCGCCGCGCCGCGCGGGGGCCCCUGGCCCGGGCUGGCCGGCGGAUGCCCUCCCCAGGAGGACGCGGAGAUGGCGGCGAUCGCGGCCUCUCUCAAGAGGGUGUCGCCGGCGUGGGGUGUCGAGGACAGCUUCGGCAUCCCCGCCGAGGCGCUGUCGGACGCCUCGGCUUCGUCGCGCGACGAGGUCGAGACGGCCGAGGCGGCGCCGACGCCAGAGGGCUUUCUGGGGCAGGCGGAGGUCGCGUUCGGCUCCGUGACGCGCGCGUAUCAGGCCCUGUGCAGCCACGCCGCGCACGUGCGGCCCGAGGGCACGGCGGCCGUGAGCAACGGCGCCGCGCUGGACGUGGAGGACUUUGCCAUGGCCUGCCUGUGGCUGGAGCUCCUCGACGGCGACGGCGAGCUGGUGGCCGAGGAGCUGUUUAAGGGGCUCGAUGCAGACGGAGACCGUUUGCUCACAGUGACGGACCUGCUGGACGUUGCGUACUUUCCAGUGGGCAGCGCCUGACCCGCCUGCCCGUGGCAGGCAAAAAAAGUUGCCGGUCGUCAUACGGGGAGGUUAAUGUUCCAAUGAGCGCCGGGGUUACGCAGUGGCGAAGCGUCUUGGCUCGCCUAUAGCCCCACCAAACAAUGUUCUAAGAACAUUUUGUGGUUUCCACGAAAUGUUCUUAGAACAUUUCUGGCGGAAUCUGUCUUUUUUUAUCACAUCGG